UAAAGUCUUUUUAUUAUUUUUCCAGAAACCAGGGACAUAUUCAUACAGACCCUUAAAGAAUUUGAAAGAAGGCACAGUGGUUGAUGUCUAUGGAAUUGUGAAAUUUUUUAAGUUGCCCUUUAAAACGAGGGGAACUGAUUUUAUGAUGAUCGUGACAAUUGUUGAUGAGUCACUAAUUCAAGUUGGUGAAAAAUUGAAAUGUUUGCUAUUUUCACAUGAAGAAGAAAAUUUACCCCAAGUGAAAAUUGGUAGCGUCAUUAGAUUCCACAGAUUACGUGUUAAUGUCCAUAACAGGGAAUUGCAAGGAAGGAAUGGAGCUGGCUUCUCCUGGUUAGUUGUUGAUAACCAGAGAGAUGGCUGCUUAGUUCCUAAAACUUCCAGCACGAAUUACACUUUCACAGAUUUUGACAGGCAGAAGAUUAAAAGCUUGUUUUGUGUGAAACUGCAAAAUCAAGAACUUAGGAGCCAAGAUUUGGUAAAAAAUCUUCAGCAACUCAGAGAAGGAAUAUAUUUUGAUUUCCUCUGCCAAGUUGUGGCUGUCUCGGCUGUCGAUCUCAACGUUUGCUAUUUACUUCAAGUCUGGGAUGGCAACCAUCCUUCUUGUCCUCUCUAUGCUGUUGAAGUAAACGAGAGGAAUAUGAUUUUGCACACUGACAUGGAACUAAGGAAAGUCGCCAAAGAUUGGUUGGUUGAUGUCUGUGUCUUUGAUGAUCAUUGUGAAAAAGCUUCAACCAUAAAGCCAGGAAUGUUUGUAAAAUUAUUAAAUCUUCAUUGCCCAAGGCAUAAAAUUCCGGACAUAUUUAAUGCAACAUAUUCUGAAGAAUUGGAGCUUGUUCUCCAUGGAGGAACAUCUUAUGGUCGAGGUAUAAAAAUACUUUCUGAAACAGAUCCAGAAAUAGAAGAUCUCAAAAUGAAAUUAGAGCAAUUAAGAAGAGCUGCUAAGGAGGUGGAAACAACUCGCACAAGUGUUAAACGAAGUGCUGAGAGUUCUCCUUCAAAGAGUGUUAAAAGGAAACCAGUUGAAACAGGUCUGUGUAGUUCUCCCAACAAGAUAGUGUCACGAACAGAUAGUGAAAUGACAAAUGAAUCUGAUGACACUUCAAGUGAAAUCCUCACAGAUAGCCAGUCUAAUUUUGAGGAUUAUGUGAAAGUUGCACCUAAAAUACUUUUUUCCGUUGUCUCAGUUAUUCAAGGCCAUCAAUCUGUCGAGUUCGCUCAUAUCUGUGAUAUUAUUAACACCCCUGCUCCCAUGAAAUUCCGUCUUCUGACCAGAGUUUGGGACUACUGCCCCAAACUUACCAGCGUAUCAGAUUUUUUAAGUUUAUUUUGUCCUGAAUGUAAUUAUACAACACCAAUAAAUAAUUACAAAUUAGAACCGUCGACUUUUCAUAUAAAGGAUGGUGUUGAAUAUUAUCGUUGUCCCUAUUGUGCCUCAAAGAAUAUUUCUGAUGACGUUCCAUUGAUGGAAUAUAUCUUUUUGUUGAGGUUUGUUCUGACAGAUGGCCAUUAUUUUCUCAUUGCCAACCUUUGGAGGGACGAAGCUGUGAAAUUCUUCAGACAAAUAACCCCAUUGGAAUUUAUAUCAGAUGCAAAUGUUGUGAAUAAAGUUAGAAGCUGCUUGGCGAGAAUUCAUUCACGUCGUAUGAAGAAUAAGAAUAAGACACUGAUUGAAUGCUGCAUCAAAUCCUUUCAUGGACAUAGAUCUGCUGUCUGUUAUGAAAUGUUUGAUACUUUUCUUUCCUAACUGAUAGGAAGCAGUGGUUGUUCCAUUGCGUCAUUAAUUAAUGAGGAUCACCUGAACCCAGAAGAGAACAUUCCAAGCUAAUGUAUAAAAAAAAAAGAAGUCAGCUUGCUUUGCAAUCAUGUGGUUUUCAGUUCAGUCCCAAUGCACAGCAUCUUAGGCAAAUGUCUUCUAUGUUCCCAGCCUGACCAAUGUGGAUAAACGAUUGGUUCCCUCUUUCAUUUUCCUCAUUAUAAACACUGACAAUUCCUUUUUAUGACAAUGUUCUUCAGAAAUAUUUGGAUUCCAGUUGAACGAAAUCUCUCUUCAGAAACUGGUUUUUUAAAACCAAAUGACAAGAAAUACUUGAUCAUACUCAUUGACUAUAUUUAUCCUGUUUUGGUAUUGGACUGUGGCCAUGCUGGGGCACAACCUUGACAGAUUGUCAUUCAAAUGACUAUCAGUCAGGCACCAGGAUUGAUGUGAUUGGCUCCUUUUGCCUCCCACAACUACUGGCCUUUUACCAAGAUUAGAAUUAUUAAGUGUUUGAAACAGGAAUAUUAAUGGAAGGAUUUUAAUUUUGUUCACUAAGGGCAGUUUUAAGUGUCUUAAGGGUUAAAGAUAAGGGUCAUGUUGCUUAGUCAGAAAUAAAGAAAAAAAAAUUUUUAUGUUUUUUUC